UACAGUUGGGACUGUCCCAACUAUAGUUGGGGCUUAUGCUAUAGUUGGGGCGUAACAUCGUCAACUUAGCUGGAAAGAUGGCGGCUCUUGUGCAGGGAUGCGCGUUUCAUUUCAGGGUUUUGAGAUUAAAAAACCCCCAGCUAAUUAGAUGCUUGAAGGUGAAUUCUUCUCCGAACAUGCCAAGUGCCACGCAAGCAGUUACCCAGCGUGGUAUGGCCAGUGGGGGUGCAGCAAGGAAGUUUUUUGUCACUCCAACCCGCUAUGCCGACAAACGAUUCAUCAGGGCAGUGAGGUUUUAUGUACUUCUGACCGCAAUACCAUGUGCUGUGGGCAUAACAUUCAUCAAUGUUUUUAUAGGACCAGCACAGUUGGCAGAGAUCCCUGAGGGAUAUGUGCCCAAGGAAUAUGAGUACCAUCAGCAUCCAAUCACGCGCUUCCUUAGCAGGCACUUUGUAAAUACGCCACAGCAGGAGUACGAAAAGAUGGCGCAUUUCCUUGCCAUCGAGCAGGAGAAAAUUGAGGCCAGGAAAGCUGAGAAGACAGUGAAGCGACUGAUGCAUCAACGAGGCGAUGGCCAUUGGUAUUACUACCCAAUUGAAUCACCAAUGGAAGCACACCAAAGUGAAGAGCUCAAAGAUUAAUUACACCAGAAUAAACGUGUUAGGAAAUAGGAAUAUUGGUUUUUUUUCCACAAUGAAAUGGUUUCAUUCUGUGGUAAGCCUGUUUGUGUGAUCUGCCACCACGGGAAGAAUUCAGUGAAAAUGAUAAAACUAAGGAGGCUUCAAGCUUGGAUGCCUCGUCUGGUGCAUGGUUUCACAUGUGUAUAAAUUGUAUUAGAGAAUUCAGGCUUCGUGCAACUGGACCAUCAAAUCCUCAUCAAGAAACUGAAUCAACCUUUAGUCGGCAGACAAUGUGCUCCUCUAGUCCCAAGUCUUUUUUCCCCCCUAUUUGCACUGCUGCACAGCCCGCAUUGUAGGACCAGGGAAUUGUCGUUGUGUAGGGAAUAUUGGAUGGUGUUUUCAGGCGCCAGAGAGUGAAAGGAUUCCUUUCAGGCAUGCACAGUUGUCUCAUUCUCAGCGCUCAUGCAUCUUGCUCAAAAAUUGGUAAUGGCCUUCCAUGUACAGUCGAACCUCACUAUUAAGAGGAUAACUGGAACCCUGUAUUAUCAAGAAUAAAAUUAAUGAAAAACAAAGGAAUGAGAUCUAAAAAUGUCCUUGUUUUAAGCAGAAUCUUGUUUUAACAGUGCUCCUAUUAACGAGGUUCGAGUGUAUAAGUCUUUUUUACCCCAAAUUCAGCAGUAUCCAACUAAAGAGGUUUCUACAGAGAGGGGUCCCAGUCACCAGUACAAAACUGCCUGGGAUACUUGGUACGCUUGGAGAGCAUGUAAUGGAUGUGGUUACACAUUUAAACAGUAAAAAAUUGCUUUUCAUUCUUUUUUGUUUGGAGGGGGACAAGUCGAGUGUGCUGCUUGAGAAAAACCACCUUUUGAUGGUGAACAUCUCUUAAUCAGAUUAGUUCUAUUUGUCAAACUGUUUUACUUCAUUUAAUGCAAAGAAAUGUAAUUACAUGUAUCUGCACUACUCGUAAUGCUUUUAACCAAAAGCUGCCUUCAUUCUAAAAAAAAAGAAAAACAUCCUUAUAAUUACUUUAAAAACCUGUCUUUGUAUAUACAGGUUGCACCUACUUCCUCUGCAGAAAUCCAGGUCAACAGGCAUAAUUAUGGAUUUUUGUGCAGCAUGACAUCAUUUAGGAUGUUCUUGUUUACUUACUAGUAGCUUACAUGUACAUGCAAUGGUCAAGUUGUGAGACUUUGGAAAAAGCACAUGUAUAUACUGCAGUGACAGUCUAUUAUCAAAUGAAAACUAGUAAUGGAGAAACUGAAGUGUGGUGUUAUGUUUGAAUAAAGUUUACAGUUUAACACA